UACCCAAAAAAAAAGGCCCCACCUUGCAACUGUACUAAUCCUUUUAAGUUACCAAAUCAAAUUUCCCCAAUUCCUAAUUUAGGGUUAUACACAGAGAUGGGAAGAGAGAUGAGCAAUGCGGCGACGAAUCAGAACCAGCAGUCGUCGCUGUCGCACACGGUGGAGCAGCUAGUCGCUGUGAAUCCCUACAACCCCGACAUCCUGCCCGAUCUCGAAAACUACGUUAACGAGCAAGUGUCGUCGCAGACCUACAGUUUGAAUGCAAAUCUUUGCCUUGUGCGUCUUUACCAGUUUGAGCCGGAGAGAAUGAGCACCCAGAUUGUCGCCCGCAUUUUGAUCAAGGCUCUAAUGGCAAUGCCAGCACCUGAUUUCAGCCUUUGCCUCUUUUUAAUACCUGAAAGAGUACAAAUGGAGGAACAAUUUAAGACUCUCAUUGUUCUCUCGCACUACUUGGAGACUGCUAGAUUCCGUCAGUUUUGGGAUGAAGCUGCUAAGAGCCGCCACAUAUUAGAGGUUGUACCAGGUUUUGAACAAGCAAUUCAAGCAUAUGCCGUUCAUGUCCUUUCGCUAACAUACCAAAAAGUUCCGAGGUCCAUUCUUGCUGAGGCCAUCAAUAUUGAAGGCCCAUCUCUGGAUAAGUUCCUCGACCACCAAAUUGCCAACUCUGGUUGGGCUAUUGAGAAGAAUCAGGAGAGGGGCCAACUCAUCAUCCUCCCUCCUAAUGAAUUCAACCAUCCCGAGCUUAAGAAAAGCACAGCAGAUGGCAUUCAAUUGGAGCAUGUUGCUCGAAUCUUCCCCAUUCUUGGUUGACCUCUGCGAACAAUGGAACUUAGUUAAUAUUUUCACUUUCUUCUUCUCCUUUUUUUUUCCUCUAUGCGUGAUGAUAGGAUCAAUAUCCUAUUGAGUGUUAUGUUUCUGCUCCUCCCAACUACAUCUCUUUUGAGCAUGCCAUUAUUCAUUGGUGUGUGUGAUCGCCACUUAUGGGGCUUCAGAA